AUGUGGGCCGUGCUUCCCGGCUCGAGCCUCGAGCACGAGCGCGCCAGCGAGGACGAGGCCAUCGGGUGGGAGCUUGACGCUCCGCAGCCAGAGCCGGAAGCGGCGACACGCAGGCACAGCGCUGGCGCCACGCCGCGACGGCAGAGCACUGGCGGCCUCUUGGGCGAAGGCGGCCGGCGCAAGGACGUCCGCGUCCGCUUCUGCUGCUACCUCUGCGGCGACACGAGCCACACGGCGGUGGGGCCGGCGUGGCGGGCUGGCGGUGAGGACCGCAGCCCGCGCCACAGUCUUGAAGCGUCGAUAGGCGGAGCCGUUUGCGGCUGCUGCGGCCGUCUUGGCCACGUCAAGCGCGAUUGUCCGUGGCGGGCGCCGCCGGACCUGGCGCGGGUGCGCUGCCUCGUCUGCGGCGAGCUGGGGCACACCGACUGCUCUUCCGAGUGCCGCUCUCACGUGUGA